AUGGAGGUCGAUACACCUGAACCAUUAUGGACGGUAUUUACUGAUGGGUCAUCAAAUGUUGGUGGAGCUGGAGUUGGAUGUGUCAUCCUUACUCCCGAAGGAUUGAGGAUCGAGAAAGCGACCAGAUUGGGUUUUCAAGCAUCAAACAAUGAAGCUGAAUAUGAAGCAACAAUUAUCGGUUUAAAGGUUGUCAAACAGUUAGAUGCGAAGAUUGUGAAGCUGGUAACUGAUUCCAUGCUAGUAGUUAACCAGUUUCUGGGGACCUACAGAGCCAAGGAAGAAAGGAUGGCCUUAUAUUUGGGUCGUAUGAAAGAGCUGGCAAAUGAGUUCGACCAGUUCUCUAUUGGGCAGCGACCUUGGUUAGAAAACAGGCACGCAAAUGCUUUAGCAUAUCUUUCUUCCACAGUCGAAACUGAUACCACCUGUUUCGUUGUGGUAGAUUUCCAAGAGUUACCUAGCAUCUCCGACAGCCACCUUGUUCUAGAUCUCGAACACGCUAGUGGGGGCGAGAGUCCAACUACAUCAGCACAGGGAGAUACUGAAAACAUUGACAACAAUAUGAAUAUUGACAGUCCAGUGAUUGAUGAUUCAGGCAAUCCUGCUGAAAAUGCUUCAGACUGGCGUCAACCUUAUAUCAGGUAUUUGACAACUAGUGAACUCCCAGAAGAUGAGAAACUUGCUUCAAAGGUGAAAAAGAAUGCUUGGAGAUAUUCAAUGAUCGAGGGGGAGCUGUACCGCAAACCUGUAGCUUUGGAGCCAUUUUUGCGGUGCAUAUCAGCCGAAGAAGGGCAACAGAUAUUGGCGGAGGCUCAUGAAGGAAUAUGUGGCAACCAUUCUGGAGGGCGCAGUCUCGCGCACAUGAUACUUGCCCAGGGAUACUUCUGGCCAUACAUGCAGAAAGAUGCUAAAGAAUACGCGCAGAAAGGCGUGCCAUGCCAAGAGCACGCUCCUAUUCCAAAAAGGCCCGCCAAAGAAUUGCAUCCAGUUUUUAGUCCCCGGCCAUUCUCUACGUGGGGACUAGACAUCGUCGGACCACUUCCCAAAUCUCCUGGAGGCGUUAAAUUCAUAUUAUCCGCUACUGAUUAUUUCACCGAAUGGGUCGCAGCAGUGGCACUGAGCAACGGGCAGGCGGAAGCGACCAAUCGCGUUAUUAUGGACAAUCUCAAGAAAAGGAUGGAAAAGGCGAAGGGAAAAUGGACAGAAGAAUUCCCUGGAGUCUUAUGGUCCUAUCGAACAACCCCAAAAAGAUCAUCUGGAUUUUCACCUUUUACACUGGCUUAUGGGACAAAGGAAGUCAUACCCACCGAGGUACAUCUCAAGACUACCAAAACUCGUGCUGUCAAAUCUGGGAAAAAUGACAGCAUACUGGCUUUGGAUAAAGAGUUUCUAUAA